CAUUGUAAACAGGCGGAGGCUGGGGCGGGGUGGGAAUGGGGCGCCCGAGGCCGGCUAGGGGCGCAGCGCAGGAGGCGCCUACGGUGGCUGUGGCGGCACCGUGAGCGUGAGGAGGCGGCGGCUGAGGCGGGGGCGGGCUGUCGCGCGGCGGCGGGCACAGGUGUAAUGGAUAGGUAACAGAGAAACCCUCUUCACUGUCUCAUCAGGGAGGCAGAAUGACUGAGUGCUUCCUGCCCCCCACCAGCAGCCCCAGUGAACACCGCAGGGUGGAGCAUGGCAGUGGUCUUACCCGAACCCCCAGCUCUGAGGAGAUCAGCCCUACUAAGUUCCCUGGAUUGUACCGCACCGGCGAGCCCUCGCCUCCCCAUGACAGCCUCCAUGAACCUCCUGACAUAGUAUCUGAUGAUGAGAAAGACCAUGGGAAGAAAAAAGGAAAAUUUAAGAAAAAAGAAAAAAGGACUGAAGGCUAUGCUGCCUUUCAGGAAGAUAGCUCUGGAGAUGAAGCUGAAAGUCCUUCCAAAAUGAAAAGGUCCAAGGGAAUCCAUGUUUUUAAGAAGCCCAGCUUUUCUAAAAAGAAAGAGAAGGAUUUUAAAAUAAAAGAGAAACCCAAAGAGGAAAAACAUAAAGAAGAAAAGCACAAAGAAGAGAAACAUAAAGAGAAGAAGUCGAAAGACUUGACAGCAGCUGAUGUUGUUAAACAGUGGAAGGAAAAGAAGAAAAAGAAGAAGCCAAUUCAGGAGCCAGAGGUGCCUCAGAUGGAUGUCCCCAAUCUCAAGCCCAUUUUCGGAGUUCCCCUGACUGAUGCAGCUGAGCGGACCAUGAUGUACGACGGCAUCCGGCUGCCGGCGGUGUUCCGCGAGUGCGUGGAUUAUGUGGAGAAGUACGGCAUGAAGUGUGAAGGCAUCUACAGAGUGUCAGGAAUUAAAUCAAAGGUGGAUGAACUGAAAGCGGCCUAUGACAGAGAGGAGUCUCCCAAUUUGGAAGAGUAUGAACCUAACACUGUAGCCAGUUUGUUGAAGCAGUAUUUGCGAGACCUUCCGGAGAAUCUGCUUACCAAAGAGCUGAUGCCUCGCUUUGAGGAGGCAUGUGGGAGGAGUACAGAGAGCGAGAAGGUGCAGGAAUUCCAGCGCUUGCUCAAAGAACUGCCAGAAUGUAACUAUCUCCUGAUUUCUUGGCUGAUCGUGCACAUGGACCAUGUUAUCGCAAAGGAACUGGAAACAAAAAUGAAUAUACAGAACAUUUCUAUAGUGCUCAGCCCAACGGUUCAGAUUAGCAAUCGUGUCCUAUAUGUGUUUUUCACACAUGUGCAAGAGCUCUUUGGAAAUGUGAUACUAAAGCAAGUGACAAAACCUCUUCGAUGGUCUAACAUGGCCACUAUGCCCACACUGCCAGAGACCCAGGAGAACAUCAAGGAGGAGAUCAGAAGACAGGAGUUUCUUUUGAAUUGUUUACAUCGAGAUCUGCAGGCUGGGGUAAAGGAUUUAUCUAAAGAAGAAAGAUUAUGGGAAGUACAAAGAAUUUUGACAGCCCUCAAAAGGAAACUGAGAGAAGCUAAAAGACAGGAAUGCGAAACCAAGAUUGCACAAGAGAUUGCCAGUCUUUCAAAAGAGGAUGUUUCCAAAGAAGAAAUGAAUGAAAAUGAGGAAGUCAUAAAUAUUCUCCUUGCUCAGGAGAAUGAGAUCCUGACUGAACAGGAGGAGCUUCUAGCCAUGGAGCAGUUUCUGCGCCGACAGAUUGCCUCAGAAAAAGAAGAGAUCGAACGCCUCAGAGCCGAGAUUGCUGAAAUUCAGAGCCGUCAGCAGCAUGGCCGCAGUGAGACCGAGGAGUACUCCUCGGACAGUGAGAGUGAGAGUGAGGACGAAGAGGAGCUUCAGAUCAUCCUGGAGGACUUACAGAGGCAGAAUGAAGAACUAGAAAUAAAGAACAAUCAUUUGAAUCAAGCGAUUCACGAAGAGCGGGAGGCCAUCAUCGAACUGCGGGUGCAGCUGCGCCUGCUCCAGCUGCAGCGAGCCAAGCCCGAACCGCAGGUGCAGGAGGACGACGAGCCCGAGAGGCGUGGCGGCGCCGGACAGCCGCCCAGAGACAGCGGCCCGGAGACAAAAGCAGCUAAGGAGCAGCCAAAGGCAGGCAAGGAGCAGGCCAAGCCAUCCCCGAGCAGAGACAGGAAGGAGACGCCCAUCUGAGCAGCCCCAGCGUCACAGGAUCCCCAGACCCGACGAGACCCGUGCAUCUUACUGUAACCCUGAGAGUCGGAGUGGACACCGCUCUG